UCUCUCACAAGUCACUUCCUCCUCCUAGCUCUGAGCUCCGGUUUGACCUACAGCGACCACAGGAGAAGAUGGCGGCGCCCGGUGCAUCCGGGAUGCUCCGGCAGGUACGCCACUUCACCACUUCAGUGAGCAGACCAUUUGCUAAACUUGUCAGGCCUCCAGUUCAAGUGUAUGGUCUAGAAGGUCGAUAUGCCACUGCUCUUUAUUCUGCUGCAUCUAAGCAGAAUAAACUGGAUGUGGUAGAAAAGGAGCUACUUAGAGUAACAAAACUUUUGAAGGAUCCCAAAAUGAUUGACUCUAUUAUGAAUCCCCAUAUAAAGCGUUCUAUUAAGAUAAAAACCCUAAGUGACAUAAUAGCGAAAGAGAAAUUUUCCCCCAUCACAACCAACCUCAUGAAAUUGCUUGCUGAAAAUGGUCGCUUAAACAAUACCCCAGGAGUCAUUUCAGCAUUUUCUACCAUGAUGAGUGUGCAUCGUGGAGAAGUACAGUGUUCAGUUACUACUGCAUCUACUUUAGAUGACGCAACUCUUUCAGAAUUAAAAACAGUCCUGAACAGUUUCCUAAAGAAGGGCCAAGUCCUGAAAAUGGAGGUUAAGACUGACCCUUCAAUCAUGGGAGGAAUGAUUGUUCGUAUAGGAGAGAAAUAUGUUGAUAUGUCCGCAAGAACCAAGAUCCAGAAACUAAGCAGGAUUAUGAAGGAAGCUGUUUGAAAAUAACAUUUUUCCACAACUCAUCAAUGAAACUUCUAAAAAUUGUGGAAACAAUAAAGUACUUGGAAAAUUUCA